AUGGUGGUAUUCUUCAAUUUACCGGCAAGGACCAUUAACGCGUAUCGAUCGGAAACGAUGUGGCUGCUGCUGAUUUUUGCCUGUUUUGCGAGUAGUAAGUAUUUAUAUUCAAAACAUUUUCAGCAGGAAAUGAUUUUCAGUCCACGGUCGUCACGUCGGAGAAUUGCUGUGCAGACAGUGCGGUUCUUCCAUCACAAGGCAGUCAGAACUCAUAAACAUUACCGGAGUCGAUGAGAACCUCUUGGAUUACCAGUACGAUUUCCCACUUGCCGGCAAAACAACGAAAGUCCAUGUGCUGACAAAUCCAGCAGGUAAUCUCCGUCGGUUAUGUACAAAAGAGACGUGCAAUCGAUUUUUAGGCCAGAAAUUCCACGUGUUUGGGUCCAAGACGGCACACCUUCAUUUCGACGGAUCAGUGAGUGUUUCAUUUUCUUUAAAAAAACAAGAGAGUAUGUAGAAAACGAUAAUUCAUUUCUGAACACUCCGAUUGCGCCUUGAUAUUAUCUGUUUCUGUUGACCGCGGCCGGUAGAGUAACAAAAUAAAAUGAGAUACCCAACAAGACCCGCCAAAUAGUGAAAAGUGAUGAAAAACUCGUGCGGCAAAGUUGCGAAAAGUAGGUGCCACGGUUGCGAUCUAUUUUUGACUUCUUGUUUGCCUCCUGUUCCCAUGAUCAUUUUUUAAGCCACAAUCGGAAGCCACUUGGUACCCCGGCUACAAAUGGACAAUUUGCCGCUGUCAGGCGUGUAGCCAACACAUGGGAUGGUAAGUGUUUUGGUUUUGCUCUCGCUCGUUCUACGUCUUCCUAUUGUUUCGUCAUCACCCCAACACAACACUAUUUUAUUCAAAAACGUACUUGUUUGCAGGUAUUUCGAGCCGGAAACGCCGAGUGACACGACGACCGAGAAAAAGAGCUUUGUCGGACUGAUUUUGGAAAACGUCAUUUCUGCGGAUUGUGAGUCAAUCUUACAAAGAACACAAAUAGACAGGAAAUUGGGGAAUUUAUGCAAAACUGUGAUCUACGAACAAGUGAAAAGAAAAGCAGAGUCAUGUAGGAAAUGUUGAAAAAGUUAUUGUUCGAAAACACGCAAACGUGAGACACAUCAAAGCAAAUACAUUAGCAGUUCGGCACCAAAAAGCAUGUCCGGCCACCGAAACAAUCGAUUGUUUUCAAAUUGGCAAUUAUUUGUGUUUCCAGUAUUCCGAGCUGAAAACACAAUCUAUUUCUACGUUUCAGACGUCGACACCCUCACCAAAGUUCCCGAAUUCUGA